AUGGGUAAACAUCAGUUGAAGGAACAUGAUUAUGCUUCCAAAUAUCCAUUGUUCAACCCUCCAGAACAUGAAUUUGAACAGCAUCAUAUUACUUAUAAUACAUCGAUCCAAACUCUCAAUCAACUCAUCCACAUCGCCAUCCACACACAGCUUUAUACGCUCGACACUGAAUCUGUAUUACGCCGUUAUCAACACAACGAGCCAGCUCUCAUUCAGAUUCAACUCAUCCGUCCUCACCAUCUAUCAACUAUCCUUCUGGUUGAAGUGCAACAUCUUCCUCCCAUUCAUUCUGAAGAAUUCGGAAAAAUUCAAGAUUUAUUUUCGGCUAUUCUUGUGGGAAAAAAUACAAUAUACGUUUGGGGAGAAUUAUCUGAAUUAGAUUCAUUUGUUAAAUUUGGACUGUUUUCGCAUCAACAACUGUUACUCCCUGAAGCCAUUAAUCAACAAAACGAAUUCAAACUCUUCUGGCAAUCGGCACAUCCCCAUCAACCUUCAGCUUCGGCUGAUUGUAGGUGUGAACAAUGUCUGCUCGACAAAUUAGACGGGGAAACAUGGAGUCUUCAAGAUGCUAUGGCACACACAUUAGAAGUUUGGCUCGAUAAACGUCUUACCAUUGCUCCGUUCGACAUAGGGCUGGACUUAUCAUUACAACACAACAAUAACAGUCAGCAAGAAUUUCGAUACCAAAUGAUACGUUAUGUGAGAAAUGAUUGUCUUGCAAUGGAAAAAUUAAUGGAAUUCAUGGAAUCUAAUUCACAGCAGCAAACAAAAUUUACUUGUGUCAUUCCUCCGGUGUUUCCCGAAUCAACAUCAUCAUGCAUCGAACAAACCCCAACAGUUCUCGUUGAAGAUGAAGUCAUCAUAUCGGUCGAUGAAGAUAUCAACUUAAACGUACCGUCGGUGUCUUCUCUAGAGAAGACGAUUCGUCCAUCAAUAGAUUCGCAACCGUCACUAGUCUUCACCGCAGUCGAAAAUCCUCCUAAAUCAACAAUGACGGCGGAAGCAAAAAGAUCAAAAAACCGACGUAAAACUUUGAAAUGCCGUCGAAAACAAUUUUUGUCUCAACUUGCACGUCAUGAUAUUUAUCAUGGCUUUACAGUUGAAAAAGUUCGAGAUGUACUAGAUAGAGCGGACAUUAAAUAUACAAAAAUUUUUAAGACACCAUUAGUACCCGCUCCCAAUCGUCAACAUCAUGUAUUUAUUGGCCUCCAAGAAGGUCAAGAUCGCGAAGAACUUGAGCGUCGAACAAAAAACUGGUUUACCGAAUCACAUUUUAAUCGACUGUAUUUCCCUCAUCGUCGCACACCUUCACCAUCACUACAUCGAGAUCAGGGUCGGUCCAAGAGGUCCGACCAUUAUUCUCCGCUUCAUUCACAACAAAGAAGAACCUCAACUCCGCCUCAUCAUCAUCGUACAAGAGCACCACCACCCAAUCCACAACAUUACAAAUAUCAUCAACGUCGCCGGUGA